AUGGCCCCACGCAUCAGCGAGACUAUCAAACAAGACCACCGCGCACUCGAAGCGUGCUACAACCACAUCGUAGGCUCCACAAGCCGCGACGAGCAGAUCAGAUUCCAGAACCUCUUUGUCUGGGAACUUGCCCGCCAUGCCGUCGGCGAAGAGUUAGUCGUCUAUCCCGCGUUCGAGAAACAUAUUCAGGGAGGAGCUGCUAUGGCGCAGAAGGAUCGCGAGGAACACCAAAAGGUCAAAGAGCAACUGAAGGCGUUCCAGCAAUUAGACCCUGCCCAUCAAGAUUUCCUUCCGACCCUCGAUACGCUGAUGGAGAAUCUUUCGGAGCAUAUCAAAGAAGAAGAAAAUGAGGACCUGGUAUAUCUCGAGGAGUCUCUAUCGGAGCAUGACAGCCAGAGCCUUUCGAAAUCGUUCAAUCGCACCAAGAUCUUCGUUCCCUCGCGAGCCCAUCCGCAUGCGCCGAAUAGGCCGCCUUUUGAGACAGCCGUGGGUUUGAUGACCGCGCCGUUUGAUCAGGUUGCAGACUUGUUUCGCAAAUGGCCGAGUAAUGAUGCUGUACAUACUUGA